GACCCUUCUCUUUGCCACUUGCCCAUCCCUCUCAUCCCCCUCUCUCUGGCCGGAGAGAACCUCCGAGAGACGACGUCGUUUCAAAAGAAUCUCGAAACAAAAGCCAUGUUGGAUCUCAACCUCGGAAUCUUCUCCUCACACAACGAUCGCGAAGAAGAUGGUCGGAAAACGAUCGCCGAAGAUUCUUUAUCCUCCGCUGCCGCCGACGCUUUCAUCGCCUUCGGAAUUCUCAAGCGAGACGACGGCGAAAUCCGUCAGCUUUUCCCGGUCGCAGGAGAGAUUCCUUCCGACUUCUCCGGAGAUCUCGGUCUUAGCACCACCACCACCACCAGCACGACACCGUUUUCGAUCAAUGGAGAUACCAGUCAAUGGUUGAAUCUUUCUUCGUCUUUGCAAAAGAUUAGUGAUAAUAAUAAUACGCAAGUGGUGAAGAAGAGCCGACGAGGGCCGAGGUCCAAGAGCUCUCAAUACCGAGGGGUCACUUUUUACAGGAGAACCGGCCGAUGGGAGUCUCAUAUCUGGGAUUGUGGAAAGCAAGUUUAUUUGGGUGGUUUUGAUACUGCCUACGCCGCAGCAAGAGCAUACGACCGAGCUGCCAUCAAAUUCCGAGGCCUCGACGCAGAUAUCAACUUCGACGUGAAUGAUUACAGAGCGGACAUCGAAAGGAUGAAGAAUCUAAGCAAGGAAGAGUUCGUCCAAACACUUAGGCGUGAAAGCGCGAGUUUCGCGAGAGGAAACUCUAGACACAGAGGCCUAAACCUUAACCAUAACCAAUGGAAAUCGGAUCCGACCCAUCUCCACAAAGACAGGGCACUGGAUGUAGGAGGCAUGAGACUCAUCAAAAGCAAUGAUUUGAUUAAGGGAGAAGUGGCGAUGAAGCUAGGUGCCAAUGAUAAAGAAAACGACCACAAGGAUCUCGAACUAAGUCUCGGAAUAUCGUCGUCGUCGUCGUCGGAAAAUAAAAAACCUAGGACGAUCGAUCGUUAUACCGGUUUAGACCGGUCGAAGAAAGAUUUCCUCGGAGAACAAUGGCCGAAAUAUCUACCGGUGGCGGCAACAAUGAAAUCGUUGAAGACAGUUGCAGCAGCAUCAUCAGGAUUCCCUUUCAUCGCCACCAUGGUCGAUUCCUCUUCUAUCGGCUCAUAAACACUCGAUUCAUGUGGUAUGGAUGUAAUCUUAUUUUAAUUUAACCAACGAAUACCAUUUUUAAGUGUAUCAUAUGAUAUUAUUUGCAUUUUAUUUAUGGUACGGUAUGGGCACGCACUCGUUUAGUUUC